AUGAAUUUUGACGAUUUUGUUAAUAUUGUAUAUGGAAAGAAUGUAUUUGAGGAUGAAAAUUCACAUUACAUUAGGGAACACAUUUUUCCCUAUUUACUACCUUUACUUGCUUUAAUAAAUAAUGAAAAGGAGAAACACAAGAAUUCUGAUGUAUUCUAUGGGUGUGAAGAAAAAGAACCACAGCUGACUAUCUUAUACGGAGAAAAAACAAAUAGAUAUCCUCCGCGCAUAAAUAUAGAAAUUCUCGGAUCUACAAAAUUACAUGAAAAGAAGCAAAAUUUAAGUUUUAUUUUUAUAUUUUUCGUGUUACAUUUGUAA